GCAGGUGUAUGCCACCAGCCAUGUUCAAGAUUCUCUCGUUGCCCAUAGCUUUCCAUCUCCGAUCUUAUCCUCGUUCGAUUCCUUCGUCGCUCCCCCCAUUCGCAUUCUCCUCUUCGUUCGACUCGUCUCGCAUCGCGGGUCGUCGUCCCCUGAUAAUUCCCGGACCGUUCUCCGGAAGCACAAAUUCCGGAAGAAAACAGUUGCUUCUGUUGCCUACUUGUAGAGUUUGUGCAUGAAAGUAAUGGAUCGGCUUGAUGGUGCUGCACGCCUUAUGAUAGUAUCAGAUUUGGACUCUACCAUGGUUGAUCAUCUUGAUCCAGAGAACCUCUCUCUUCUUAGGUUUAAUGCACUGUGGGAAGCUUUUUACCGUGAUAAUUCUCUGCUAGUCUUCUCCACUGGAAGGUCACCAACAAGUUACAAGCAGUUGAAAAUCGAAAGGCCCUUACUGACUCCUGAUGUCACGAUUAUGUCUGUGGGAACUGAAAUCAUGUAUGGUGAGGCAAUGGUACCGGAUGCUGAGUGGGAGUGUUAUCUGAAUCAGAAAUGGAACCGCGAUAUAGUCACAGGAGAGACAGCUAGAUUUCCUGAACUUACUCCUCAGCCAGAAAUAGACCAACGGCCUCACAAGGUCAGCUUUUAUGUGGAGAAGGACAAAGCCAUGAAAGUGAUAAAAGAUCUUCCACAAUGUCUAGAGAAAUAUGGGCUAGAUGUGAAAAUAAUUUACAGCAGUGGAAUUGCUUUAGAUGUAUUGCCUCGACGUGCUGGAAAGGGACAGGCACUUGCUUAUUUGCUUAAGAAGUUUGAAGCUAAGGGAUGUGUCCCUUCUAAUACUCUUGUUUGUGGUGACUCUGGAAAUGAUGCUGAGCUAUUCACUGUCCCUGCAGUACAUGGUGUGAUGGUCAGCAAUGCACAGGAGGAAUUAUUGGAGUGGUACUCAGAAAAUGCUAAGAAUAACCAUCAAAUUAUUCAUGCAACUGAAAGAUGUGCUGCUGGAAUCAUCCAAGCGAUUGGGACUUUCAGUCUCAGCCCAAAUGUUUCUCCAAGGGACAUACGCGACUCUCUCAAAUGCACAGUAGAACUAUGCAAUCCUGGUCAUGAAGUAGUAAAAUUUUAUCUGUUCUAUGAGAGAUGGCGACGUGGUGAAGUUGAGAGGUCCGACCAUUUUAUUAAUAAUUUGAGAUUACACUUUAAUUCAAUGGGUACUUUUGUACAUCCUUCUGGAAUAGAGAUUCCUUUCUCUCAGUGCAUAGAUGAGUUGGCCAACUCAUAUGGAGAUCAGCUAGGAAAGCAGUUUCGAGUAUGGGUUGAUAGAGUCUCUGUAGCUCAGAUAUGUUCAGACACGUGGCUGGUGAAAUUUGAUAAGUGUGAAUUAUGUGGUAAAGAUAGAGAAUGCCGCGUGACAACAGUCUUGCUCAGUUCAAGGAUACUAAGCCCUGUCUUUCAUGAAAUUCAGCAUGCCAAACUUCCAGGUGAAUUUAUGUGGAUCUACAUGCAUCAGACUUGGUCGGACGGCUUGUUGUCAGGAGAGGAAGACCAAAGACCAAGGCUUUUCUGAACGCCCGGCCCAUUUACAGAGCAGAUCCAUCAAUUUGAGAUUGCUUAACCUGACAAUGAAUGUCUUCUACUUUGUUGUACAAAUUAAUCUGCUGCAGAGCUAUUAAGCAGAUAGGCCGGAGGCGUAUAAUUAUUACCCACGAAUAAGCAGCCUCCGUAUUAUCCAUGAAAUUGUGGUUUUAUGCUUUGCCAUAUUAUCCAUGAGAAUUCGGGAGGA